UAUGUGUGUGUGUGUGUGUGUAGAGGAUAGGUAAUAAGUUACCUUGAUAAGCAAUGCGGCUCGUCUUGGAUAUUCCCGUGCCAGAGUUCAGCAUUUCUUAAGUCUCACUCAGAGCAGGGUCUUCCUCAUCCCAAGCAUGGAACUAAAGCAGGUUUCCCAGAAGAAAAUCAUUAUAGGUGUUUUAGCAGUUUCCAUAGUAACCAUCAUCUUGGGACUUGGACUGGGAUUGGGACUUCAGUUGGAGGACUGUAAGAAAAAGGUUAUACACACUUCCUGUAUGGGCCGCUGCUAUGAGCCCUUUGAUGAGGAGACACCUGGUUGUCGUUGUGACCAACAAUGCCACACUGCUAACAGCUGUUGUUAUGAUUUCCAAGACAUCUGUCUUCAGCCAAUGGAGCAGUGGGAAUGCACUAACCAACGGUGUGGUGAAAAGAGGCUGGAAGGGAGUAAUUGCCACUGCUCUGUUGAUUGCAUGAGUGCAGGAGAUUGCUGCACCAACUUCCAAAGUGUCUGCCAUGGAGAAACAACAUGGGUGGAGGAUGAGUGUCCAGACAUGACCCAGCCGGCCACUUGCCCUCCAGGUUUCAAAAAGCAGCCACUGCUUGUUAUUUCCUUGGAUGGGCUCAGAGCUGAAUAUCUCCAAACUUGGGCAUCCCUUAUUCCGGUUCUGGAUAAAAUGAAGCAGUGUGGCGUCUCGGCACCAUACAUGCAGGCCGUGUUUCCCAGCAAGACCUUCCCCAAUCACUACACCAUUGCCACAGGUCUGUAUGCGGAGUCCCAUGGUCUGGUGGACAACAGCAUGUAUGACCCUGUGUUUAAUGCGUCAUUCAGCUUGUCUGGCCUUGAGAAAGACAACCCUAGAUGGUACCUGGGGCAGCCGAUCUGGCAUACAGCUAUGUAUCAAGGACUUAAAGCUGGAACAUUCUUUUGGCCUGGUUCUGAUGUCAAAAUUAAUGGCAGUUAUCCCAACAUAUAUGUACCAUAUGACGGCGAAGUGCCUUUUGAGAAAAGAGUCUUUACUGUCCUGGAGUGGUUGCGUUUACCAGAACAUGAAAGGCCAGAUUUCUACACCCUUUAUCUGGAGGAGCCUGACAAAUCAGGACACAGAUAUGGUCCAGUCAGUGGAGGGCUUAUCGAAGCCAUCAAAGGGGUAGACAAGAUCAUCGGCCAACUGAUGGACGGCCUGAAAAUGCUGAAUAUGACACAGUGUAUCAAUAUCAUUGUCCUAGCUGACCACGGAAUGGAAGAAAUAAGCUGUGCCAGAAAAGAAGCGUUGGAAGACAUGAUUGGGGACAUCAGUAACCUUUUUGUCAAUGAGGGCCCAUUUGGUAGAAUUAGAACAAAGAACAACGACCAGCCUUUGGACUCUGCCGCCCUCGUGACCAAUAUGACGUGCAGGAGUCCCAGUCAGAAGAUAAAGCCAUAUCUGAAGGCUCAUCUGCCAAAGCGCUUUCACUUUGCUAAUAGCAGGCGUAUCGAGGAUGUCACUGUGAUGGUUGAACCUAAAUGGCUUUUUGAGAGGAAACCAGGAUCCCUGACUGGUUGUGCUGGUGGUACUCAUGGAUAUGACAAUGAUGUUUACAGCAUGCAGGCCAUGUUUCUCAGUUAUGGUCCCAAGUUCCUUUCCCAAACAGAGGUUGAACCAUUCUCCAACGUUGAGGUGUACAACCUCAUGUGUGACUUGCUGGAAAUCUCACCAGCAAUUAACAAUGGCACCCAUGGAAGUAUGAACCAUCUCCUCCGGAAACCCUGGUUCACCCCGCAGCACCCAGCAGAGCAGGUUGGGCCUGGUCAAUGCCCUCUCCUGACUCUCAAUCCUGGGGAUGAACUUGGCUGUGAAUGUCCUGCUCUGGCUACAUCCAACCUCAACUCACGCCUGAAUCUGACAGCAAUUCAAGUAUCAGCCACAGAGAAACAGCACAUGCCCUUUGGGAGGCCAAGACUACUGCAGUCCGGGGCAGACUACUGUCUUCUCCACCACCAGGGCUUUGUUAGUGGUUACAGCAAAGCCAGUCUGAUGCCUAUGUGGAGCUCAUUCACAGUGGAGAAACCUGCAAGCGAAGACCCUCUUCCAGAGGUCAUAGAAAACUGCUUAAGAGCUGAUGUAAGACUGCCAGCAAACCAGAGUGCCAGGUGUAAUGAGUAUGCUACUGCUGCUGGCAACAUCACCCCUGCAUUCCUGUACCCACCCAAUCUGAACCAGUCUGCUGACGAACAGUACGAUGCAUUGACCAUGAGCAAUGUGGUGCCCAUGUAUCAGCAGUUCAAAAGAAUUUGGGGCUACUUCCAGGCUGUCUUGCUGAGGAAGUAUGCAUUGCAGUACAAUGGCGUGAACGCAGUUGCUGGUCCUGUGUUUGAUUAUAAUUAUGAUGGGCUAUAUGACUCGGCUGACCAAAUCCAACAACAUGUCUCAGGUAAACGGAUCCCUGUCCCUACACAUUACUUUGUCGUUCUCACAAGCUGCAAGAACUCCACUGAGCCAGUUGUGAGUUGUCAAGGGGAACUCCAGACGGUCUCGUUUCUGGUGCCUCACCGGCCAGACAACUCAGAGUCCUGCAGUAGCUCACUGCCUGAAUCCCAGUGGGUGGAGGACUUGAUAUGGUUCCACCAAUCACGGGUGAGAGAUGUAGAGCUGAUCACUGGACUAGAUUUCUACCAGGAGAGCAGCCGGCCAAUCCCAGAGCUCCUACGAGUGAAGACACGCCCCACUGCAGCUAUUCACAGAAAGACCUAAAGACACACCCGCACAUACACACACAUACACACACACACGCACCAGGUUGACUUCUUGAUAACAGUGACAUCUGUUGUUGUACUGUAUAAUGCUUGGGGCAUAGCAGCAAUAUGUCAAGUUUGGCUUGCUCAUGCAAACUGUUGUUUGGUGUUUUCAUGUGAAUGGCCUACCUGUAAUGUGGUGCAAGUGUGUAUUUGUAUUCAAAAUAAUGAGUCACUGAAUAGGUAUUAGACAAUAGCAGUAUUGGGAAAUAGACACAGGUAAGUAAUCCACAGGAGUAACCCAUUCAUCUUGAUUUCACAUGGUUCAGUAAUAAUGUGAACAUUGAUUUUUCACGCUUGAACCUUUAAGAAAUGUCAUCACUUCCCUUAGUAUGUUAUAAUGAAUGAAUGCACCACUGUAUCUAGUAAACUAUGCUGAAUGUUAGGCUCUUGUAUACAUUGUUUAACUCUAAUAAUUGUAAAUGCUGUGAAAUUGAAUUCUUAGAAGUACAGUAAAAUAAUGCUUGUCUGUU